AUGCGAAAGGAAAAAAAGUGGUUUUUGGAAUCGGGGAAAUGUGUUGAGGACGAGUUGUAUGCCUUCGGAAAACAAUGCCAAUUUGAACAUUUGGCACAUUCUUUCGUUAUCGACCCCGAUGACGAAACCUACUAUCAAAACAAAGUGUUUACUUCCGAAGAACUCGAAGAGAUUCGUGAGACAGAAUCAAAAGAUCUUCCUAAGAUGCCGAUCGAAUUAUUGAAAUAUAUCAGCUCUUUCCGAACGAAAACAACGGAAAAAUUACGGAUAAUGCUUGAUAAACGACAGAACUGGGAAGGCAAAAACUUUGACAAGACCAAACACUUUGAUUUUGACUGGAUAAAACAUAGCGUUCACAGUUUAUUAUUAGAAUUUGAGUCCGGCACAUUAAAGCAAAAUCACUUGGAAACGUGGUACAAUAUCCAUAUCUGGUCACUAAUAGAUAAAUCCUUCAACGAGUUAAUAGGGGUGGAUGUUGCCAGAGGGGAGUCGUGUAGCCUUGCUUCUGCGAAACGUAAAAAUAAACAUAGAGUUAUUCAAGGAUUGGUCUCAACAACACGAAAAGCACUCGGAAGAAGAGGUGAUUUAAUCUUAAGAAAAGGAAUGUACGAAUACGGUGCUUCUGAGGUUGGAAAGGACUACGAGGGAGAUAAUGGGACAAAGUUACUUAGAGAAAGGGGUCUAAAAAGUCCGAAGAUGCUUAAGGACAUGUUGGUAGAUUUGGGCAAUUAUAUAAAGUGGGAAAGAAAUAAAUUACGUCAAUUGGAGCUAGUAAGCUUCAUUCAUGCUGGUAGUAUGCUUUUAAUCUGCCUAUGA